GGAAGCCUCGAAUCGCCCAAUGAGGCGACGUGUUUAAGUGGCGCCUCGUUGGAAUCCUUAUUGUUGGGGGAAAGUGGCGCUUGGCCUAGGGUCGGAGAUCAACCUGCAAUGGCUGGCUUUAGUGAGCGAAUACAAGACAUAGAUCAGAUGAGCAAGGAGCUGGUGAAACUGAUAGCAGAAGGCAAGUCAGUGGAGAUGCUGAAGGAGAACUUCUCCAUACGGGAGAAGAUGGUUGACAAACUACUGGAUACUCAGAAGAACACAAAACAGCUUAUCAAAGAUCUCAUAGCUGCUGAGGAAAAGGCAGUCCAGAAACUCCAUGAAAGGGAGCAAGAACUGAAUGCAAGUCUCCAAAAGCUGCAGAAAAUUGAAGAUGAAUUGUGUCAGAAAAACGAGAAGGAUGCCAUACUGAGAACCAGCACCCAAGAGUUAAGAAAAGAGCUGGAGGCACUGAAAGAAGAAAUCAGGCAGCAGGAAAGAGGUGCCGCUGAAAAUUUUGAAGCAGCCACAGCAGCCAAGUACCUUGUACAACUUUAUUACCAGAUUUGCCACAUUGACUGGGACUGUUCCUGUGAGCCACACGAGAUGAAAGGAAUCCAUUUUGGACCUGACAUUGCCCAGCAUAUCAACCUUAACAGCCUCAUACACUCCCGCUCCUUUAUCAGUAAUUUUUUGUGGAGUAUGGUGAAUACAUCCUGGUCAGAGAAGUAGCCCCUGGGCAACAGAAGCAAAUACAUGGUGGAUAUCCCUAUCAACAGUGAUAUGUUUUGAGCAGCAUCUCCCCCUCCCCUAGCAUGUGAUUUCUGUACUCUCAAAAUGUAUAUUUAAAUAAAUAGACUGAAGAUAAUUUUA